UGUCCCUGCGUUUAGUGGGAGUUGUUGACAGCCAUAAUCUUACCUGUCCUUUCUCUUUCUGUUUUUGCUGCUGGGAAUAAACCAACAAACAAAGUCACCUCUGGCUCUCGGUACGUCGUGCUGCUGCUUCAUGUCAACACCAGUGUCAUGAGGAAACUGUGGUAGACAUAACGUGGAAAACCGACAAAGCAGAAAUAUACUCAAACAAGCUCUGCCACCCUAUGGCAUUCCAGGUUGCUCCUCUAGUCCAGGCAUGACUGUCGCCCCCAAAAACAAAGCACCCAGACUGGUUUCUCCUCUUCCAACGACACAAGCCCCAGAUCCGGUGCGGUGCAGAUGGAUGAGAUCGACGGCCUGCGGUUUAGGCCCUUCUCUGAGGACUCUGUGUCGCUGGCUGAGUCCAUCAACCUCGAAGAUGCCCAUUAUGCUCAGCUGCGAGAAGAGCUAGAGUCUGACGCGCAGAACCUGGAGGCGGAGUCCUGGAGCGUCGCCGUGGACCAGAACUACUCGAAGGCUUUGACUAAAGAGGCUGUUAAAAGACAGGAUGUAAUUUAUGAGUUGAUCCAGACGGAGAUGAACCAUGUACGUACCUUAAAAAUCCUUCUCUUCGUCUACAUGCACAAGCUGAAGCAAUCUCUGCUGAUAGAGGAAGCCAAACUGGAGCGGCUUUUCCCUACAGUGGAUGCCCUGCUCACUCUCCAUCAGCACUUCCUCAACUGCCUCAAACUACGGCAGAACCAAAGCCAGGAGGAAGGAAGCCCAAACAGCUACCAGAUUUUACAGCUGGGGGAUAUUCUCAUCUCUCAGUUUUCAGGAGGGCUGGGAGAAAGGAUGAAGGACUGGUAUGGUGUUUUCUGCAGCCAUCACAGCGAGUCCAUCAGCUCCUACAAAGAGCAGCUACAGAACAAUAAGAAGCUGCAGAGCCUCAUUAGGAAAAUAGGUCAGCUGCCACUUGUGAGACGGUUGGGGAUCCCUGAGUGUUUUCUGUUAGUGACACAACGCAUCACAAAAUAUCCUGUCUUGGUGGAACGAAUCAUUCAGAACACUGAAGCUGACACAGACGAGCACAAGUCUCUGGUACAAGGUUUAGCGCUGAUCAAAGACACCAUCUCCCAGGUGAACGAUCAGGUCUGUGAAUAUGAGAAAUUGGCUCGUCUGAGAGAGAUCUGCCUGCGUCUAGACCCGAAAUCUCAUGGCCGGCUGAAGGAUGGCCGGCAGUUCCGCAGGGAGGAUCUCGUUCAGUGCAACAGGACGCUGCUGUUCGAAGGCACCGUCACCUGGAAGACGUCUGUUAGACAGAAAGAUGUCCAUGCUGUGCUGCUGUCAGACGUGCUCCUACUGUUACAAGAGAAAGAUCAGAAGCUUGUGUUUGCUGCUGUGGAUAACAAACCACCAGUGAUCUCCCUUCAAAGACUGAUAGUUAGGGAAGUGGCCCAUGAGGACAAAGCUAUGUUCCUCAUCUGUGCGUGUACCACAACUAUGCCAGAGAUGUACGAGAUCCACACCGGCUCCAGAGAGGAAUGUAUCUCCUUGAUGGCCCUCAUACGAGACGCAGUGAACAGCUGUCCAGAAGAGGAGGAGGAGCUGUACAGCGAACAGACUGCCAGACUGCAGGGGUAUCAAGACCUUCUUAAGGAGAAGGAUGACCAGAUAAAGCAGAGCCUCACAGAGAAGCUGCAGGUCUUUGUUUCACUUUAUGAGGAAGGGCAAGGGCAGGAAACAGCCCCCAGGGGGCUGCUGCUCCGAGGCGAUGCCACUGACCUCCAGCAGGGGGCGACACUGCUCAAAGGAGCCAUCGAUGAGGUGGAAAACCUGCAAAGCCUGCUGCUCUUAAGAAUAAGAGACCCAAACCCUUCUCUGAAUGAGAAUAAGACACAGGGGGAGAAGCUAAGGAGAGCUGAGACAUUUGGCGUCGCUGACAAUAACUUCACAGCAACCACCAUGAAAAAUGGAGAUGCAGCUGAGAGGCUCGGUGGCAGCGAGUGCAGCUCAGUGUAUGGCGGUCACAACACUAAUGAUCCUCAGCUCCUGGAAAUGCACUACUCUGAGAGCCAGGAGCAGUCUGCUGAUGAAGACAAAGAGAUGCCAAACUGCAAUCCAACAUCUGGAUAUGUCCCUGAGGCAGAGGUGUGUGACAGGGUGAUACUACUCGCACAGAGGCUGUACAGCUUACAAGCCAUCAUCGCCCAGCAGGACAGCCAGAUUGAGCUGCAUCGCACUUUCCAGUUAAAAAACAAGCCAGCCCGUCCGCACAGCAACGUGCUGUUUGAACAGGAGAAGCAGCGCAACCUGGAGAAGCAAAAGGAGGAGCUCGCCAACUUGCACAAGCUGCAGGCCCAGCACCGUGAAGAGCAGCAGCGAUGGGAGAAGGAGAGGGACCGGCAGAGCAUCCAGAUCGAGCGCCUAGAGGCUCAACUGAAAGAGAGGGAGGAGGAAUGCAGGAAAUGGGAGGAGAAGCUCAAUGAGGAGAAGGCAGAGCUGGGGAGGCAGCAGGAAACCUACCAGCAGAACCUGGAGCGGCUGAGGGAGUCCACAAAAUUGGUGGAGAAGGAAGGUGAACGGGUGUCUCAGGAGAAGGACCGUCUAGAACAGCAGCAGGAGAAGAUAAAGAAGUACAUGAGCCACAUUAGCCAGGCACAAGCCAACUAUGACGACCCCACACAUUACCCAGGUCUCUCCAGUUACCAGUCGUUCAGGGGAAGCAUCAUUAACGGAGGUCGGACUCUGACCCCAAAGACCCUGGUCUUGCCCAGCAUCCAGUCUGAUCCCGAAGAAACUCCUCCAAAGGUUCCACCGCGCAAGGAGAGCAUCAGCCCCCUGCCAGUCAAGCCUGAGCUACCCGUCCACCUCAUCAGCACCACCAACCAGGACUACAAACCUGCACCUGUGCAGCAGAAGAUCCCCACAAAGCUAGCCACUCUGUCUAAGGGCAAGGAGAAAGUCAAGACAAAGGGGUCACACCAGAGAACACACAGCGCAGCCUCUAUAGACGUGAACCAGGUGCUGCCCAUCCGAGUGACGGGGAAAGAAGGAGGCAGUCUGCGAGCCACAAGGACUGCCAGUCCUCAAAGAAUCUACCAGUCAGAUGCCUUCAAGCCACCAGGAUCUGCCCACAGUGUGAAAAUGUCUCAGUCCUUCAGCACACACAAAAGGAGCAACAGCGACGCUCCACCACCUCCACCGCCUCCAUUUCCCAAAGAAAUUCUCAAAACGGGAAAAGAGAAGGUAAUAUUUCUUUAAAGUCAAACACCUUGUCCAGAAUAAAGACUUACACGGACACACACACAUGGACAGACUGAUGGAGCUGUUAGAAGACUUUGUCUUCAUGUUGUCCGUGUGUGUCCAGCAUGAACACGCCAUUCACUUUAACUAAACUUUAUCACCGGAAAGAAAGAAACCAGCUGAAUCUGCUGAACUGAAAAAAAGAAGAAAAGAAAUUAUGGACAUUUUUUAUAUGAUAAUGUUUUUUUUGUUUUUUUUUUAAAGCACAAAGCUGGACCCAUUUGCACAGUGGAGAAAAUGAUAAAAGAUUUUAAAGAAUUGUUGCUCGUGCCUUGCCAAAGAGUUUUUUGGAUUCUUAAUCAUUUUUAAUUUUUAAUGAAAGUAGGUUGUAACAGUUAAGCACUCUGUCUUAACUCUGAAGCUUUCUCUCUAAUAAUUUAACGAAUGAUAAACAGCUUGAGGAAGCCUUUAGAAUUAAGAUGCUGAAAUGUCAAGUAUCAUUUUGUCACAAAUAACACUGAACUUUAUACUGUGGACCUGCUAUUGUAAUUAUUAUCAAAUCCUACAGUAGUAUUUUAUG